UGCACACGCCCGCCCAUGCCCUGGGGGUGACCCCGCGUUUCCCCUGCUCCCGGAAGCGUCGCCUUCCUGGGCACCCACCUCGGUUGACGAUCUUGCCGAAGAGGUGGGGCCCUGGAGCAGUGGGGCAGUUCCAGCGGCGAUUCCGGAACUGCCACUUGCACUCGCGCACGGCGCUCUGCAGCCCCCCGCUCACGCUGUGCAGGAUCCCCGGAUUUUGGCGUAUCAGACGCCGCUGUUUGCGGCUCAACAGCUGCAGACUGGGCUCGAGUACCAGUUGCAGACUCUUGGAGUCCGUCAGCAGGCCUGAACCUAAACAGUCUCAAGUCCCAGAAAUGACUAGGCUUCCCUUCCAAGGCAGGAAAAUUACUCUAAGGAAUAAAUCCAGAUAUAAGUUGCAUGAUCUCCUGUCUCAGACUGCUGUGCCCGCUAUCCAACAGUGACCCAUGCAGCAUGGGCAGGACCUCCAGCAGCACAGGCUGGAGGCUGACUGCCCAGCAGAGCUGCACCGCCACCACCAAGGAAGAGGUGACUGUGGUUGUGGGUAUCAUCCCUGUGCCUCUGCUUGCUGGGGGGCAGUCUGAGUCAAUGUGCCUGGGGCGUGUGGGGCCAGCCAUGCCUUGGGCUGCGGUCUGGCAGGGGCGGGGGGGGGGCGGCUGGAAAGCCUGGGGCCCCUCUCUGGCAAAAAUAGCCCACAGUGGUUAGAGCUUCGAGGGUGAGUCAGGCGGGAGCACAGUGGCACCUAACCCCUUCGCUGCCACUGGAUCUCCCAAAGGCAGUUUGCCUUUGCCUGUGCACCCCAAGACCAGGCUCUUUUCCGACUGCCCUUGGACUUGGCUCAAUUUUGGAUCCCAAGGCCCUCCUCAUCCCAUCAGAAGGAAGUCUGCAGCUUGGAGCAGGAAUCCAGGCCACCCAAAGUGCAGACUGGGGAAUCCCGAGAAGGGUAAGAGACCUCUAUUGGUAAGCAUCCCUGCCAGCAAGGAAGCAUCAGGGCAGGCUGAGGAUCUCUGGGGCUACCUGAACCUCCACCAGGGCCAAACUGAGGUGAAAGCUGACCCCUCCAAAGGGGCAGGCGCGAGGCUUGAUGGUGGGUGGGAACCAAGCUGCCCAGACCUGCACUUCUCCUGCCUGCUCUGAGUGCCCUGGGUAUGGGCACCACAUGUGACUGUCUCACACUGAGAAGCCCAAAGACUGUCCGGCUCCAUCUUCAUCUUGUCAAAGGCACCUUCCAGCCACCUUGAUCUCGCUGGAGAAACUGAUGCAAAAAGAAGUGUUGAAAGAUGUGGCCACUUGGGCCACAUUCUGGCUCUCUAGGAAGGUUACUAUACCCUCCCUGCAGCCUUGGUGACCCCAGAGCAGGUAAGAGGAACUCUGGCCACCUCCUUCUUCAGUGGGGCCAAGCCUGAACCCAGGCAUCCAGGAGAAGGGGUGUGUGUGUGUGUGUGUACGCUGGGAGGAGGGGGAGCAGCUUCGUUUGCCUGGUCAAGGCGGGGAGUGCAGGGUAGGGUGGGGAAGCCCCAGGCUCAGGGAGGGGCCGAAGCUCCGUCAGCCCGGCAGAGCCUCUGUGAGCUUGGCUCGAGCAGAGCCAGAGCCCCCAGUCCUUUGCUUGCCGGAUUGCUAGCUCUCUCUCCUUCCCUUCCUCCCUCCCUUCCUCCCCACGGCCAGCGGAGCAGCGCUGGGGAAGCGGUGAAGAGGAGUGGCCCGGCCCUGGAAGAAUGCAGCUCUGCCAAGGGGACAGAACCCAGCACAGUCUCCCCACGGAUUAAGCAGGACUAGUGAAGCUCAGGCAACCCAACCGUGCCCGUCUCAGACCCCGCACCCAAACCACUGGAGGUCCUGAUCGAUCUGCACACCGGAGCCUCCGGGCUUCGACAUGCUGGAGGAGCCCCUGCCGCGGCCUCCGCCCUCGGGCCUCGCGGGUCUCCUGUUCCUGGCGUUGUGCAGUCGGGCUCUAAGCAAUGAGAUUCUGGGCCUGAAGUUGCCUGGCGAGCCGCCGCUGACGGCCAACAGCGUGUGCCUGAUGCUGUCCGGCCUGAGCAAGCGGCAGCUAGGCCUGUGCCUGCGCAACCCCGACGUGACGGCGUCCGCGCUUCAGGGUCUCCACAUCGCGGUCCACGAGUGUCAGCAUCAGCUGCGCGACCAGCGCUGGAACUGCUCAGCGCUCGAGGGCGGCGGCCGCCUGCCGCACCACAGCGCCAUCCUCAAGCGCGGUUUCCGAGAAAGUGCUUUUUCCUUCUCCAUGCUGGCUGCUGGCGUCAUGCAUGCAGUAGCCACGGCCUGCAGCCUGGGCAAGCUGGUGAGCUGUGGCUGUGGCUUGAAGGGCAGUGGUGAGCAGGAUCGGCUGAGGGCCAAACUGCUGCAGCUGCAGACACUGUCCCGAGGCAAGAGUUUCCCCUACUCUCUGCCCAGCCCUGGCCCUGGCUCAGACCCCAGUCCUGGCCCCCAGGACACAUGGGAAUGGGGUGGCUGUAACCAUGACAUGGACUUUGGAGAGAAGUUCUCUCGGGAUUUCUUGGAUUCCAGGGAAGCUCCCCGGGACAUCCAGGCACGAAUGAGAAUCCACAACAACAGGGUGGGGCGCCAGGUGGUAACUGAAAACCUGAAGCGGAAAUGCAAAUGCCAUGGCACGUCAGGCAGCUGCCAGUUCAAGACAUGCUGGAGAGCGGCCCCAGAGUUCCGGGCAGUGGGGGCAGCGUUGAGGGAGCGGCUGGGCCGGGCCAUCUUCAUCGAUACCCACAACCGAAAUUCUGGAGCCUUCCAACCCCGUCUGCGUCCCCGUCGCCUCUCAGGAGAGCUGGUCUACUUUGAGAAGUCUCCUGACUUCUGUGAGCGAGAUCCCACUAUGGGCUCCCCAGGGACAAGGGGCCGGGCCUGCAACAAGACCAGCCGCCUGUUGGAUGGCUGUGGCAGCCUGUGCUGUGGCCGUGGGCACAACAUGCUCAGGCAGACACGAGUUGAGCGCUGCCAUUGCCGCUUCCACUGGUGCUGCUAUGUGCUGUGUGAUGAGUGCAAGGUCACAGAGUGGGUCAAUGUGUGUAAGUGAGGGUCAGCCUCACCUUGGGGGCGGGGGAGGGGACUGUGUGAGGGGGUGCCUUUUCAGCCCUUUGCUCUGAUUUCCUUCCAAGGCAAUCUUGGUCCCUGGAAGCUCAAAGUGUCUACUUGGAAACAGCUUUAGGGGUGGAGGGGGUCAGGUGUACUAUGGGAUGUGUAGACUUCUCUCCAACAAUUGGAGGUUCUUGGGGGAAAGCUGCCACUCCUCUUCUGCUCCUUAGACACCUGAAUGGACUAAGAUGAAACGCACUGUAUUGCUCCUCCCACUUCUCAACUCCAGAGCCCCUUUAACCCUGAUUCAUACUCCUUUUGGCUAGGGGGUCCCUAUAGUUUCACCACUCCUCUCCCUUGAGGGAUAACCGCAGGCACUGUUUGGAGCCAUAAGAUCUGUAUCUAGAAAGAGAUCACCCACUUCUAUGUACUAUUCCCAAACUCCUCUACUGCAGCCUGGGCUCCCUCUUGUGGGAUAAUGGGAGACAGUGGUAGGGAGGUUUUUUUCCUGGGAAAGGGACAGAGUGCUGAGGGGCACUCUCCCCUGAAUCCUCAGAGUUGUCUGUCCAGACCCUUAGGGAAGUUGUCUCCUUCUAUUCAGCAGUUAAAGAGGACCCUCCAAAGGAAGGGGUUUCCCUAUGACUCUUGGAGCCUCUUUUUCCUUCUUCAGCAGGAAGGGUGGGAAUGGAUAAUUUAUUGUACUGAGACUUGUUCUUGGUUUCUGUUUGAAACUAAAAUAAAUUAAGUUACUGGA